AUGCCUUCUUAUGCAAAUUUUUUAAAAGAUAUGCUAUCUAACAAGAGGAAAUUAGAAGAGAAUACUACAGUUGCUUUGAAUGCAGAGUGCAGUGCUAUUUUCCAGAACACUCUCCCUAAGAAAUUAGGAGAUCCAGGUAGUUAUUCAAUUCCAGUGAAGCUUGGAGAUAUUGAGAUCAAUAGGGCACUAUGUGAUCUAGGUGGAAGUGUGAGCCUCAUGCCACUGUCCAUAUGCAAGAAGCUGCAGAUGGGUGAACUCAAACCCACACGCAUAUCUCUGCAACUUGCAGACAGGUCAGUGAAGUUUCCUUUGGGUGUACUUGAGGAUGUACCCCUCCGAGUAGGUAAGUUUUUCAUUCCAUGUGAUUUUGUUGUGAUGGAGAUGGAUGAGGAUGUGAAUGUUCCUAUCAUACUAGGUAGACCUUUCUUAUCUACUGCAGGUGCAAUUAUAGACAUGAAGAAAGGUAAGAUUACUUUUGAAGUAGGUGAUGAAAAAUUGGAAUACUCAUUUUUGAAUGUUAUGGGUGCUCCUUCUAUGGGAGACACUGUUUGUCAGGUUGAUGUGCUCGAUGAGCUGCAGAAUGAGCAACUUCCCUUGAAUCAGAAUGAUGAUGCUCUUGAACAAGUGCUUAUAGGGAAGGAAGAUUAUAAUGGAGAUUGGCAGUCUAAGGAGUAUACUAGGUUACUUGAUGAAACAAAGGCCGAUCCAAAUCAGAACCCGAUCAGAGAGACAUUGGAAGUAAUGAGUAUUGGGGAGAGUUCUAAGCCUCCCGAGGACACAGAAUUGGAGCAAUUGCUCAACGUUUUGAAAACAUAUAAAAGUGUCAUUGGGUACACCAUUGAUGAUAUCAAGGGCAUUAAUCCUUCUUUCUGUAUGCAUAAGAUCAUUCUUGAAAACGAUCAUGCCUCUUCUGUAGAACCUCAGAAAAGACUUAAUCCUAAUAUGAUGGAGCGUUGUAUGAUGGCAAUUUUCUCAGGACUCAUAGAAAACUCUAUGGAAAUAUUUAUGGAUGAUUUCUCUGUCUAUGGAACAUCUUUCGAUGUAUGUCUUGAAAACUUGAAAAAGGUGCUCCAAAGAUGUAAAGAAGUUAAUCUAAUCUUAAACUGGGAGAAAUUCCAUUUUAUGGUACAACAGGGAAUUGUCUUAGGUCACGUCGUGUCUAAUAAGGGUAUUGAGGUUGAUAGAGCUAAAAUAGAGGUCAUAGAGCGCUUACCACCUCCUAACUCUGUAAAAGGAGUUCAAAGUUUCCUUGGUCACGCAGGUUUUUAUCGGCGUUUUAUUAAGGAUUUUUCGAAAAUUGCUAGACCUUUAACUGAGCUAUUGGCCAAGGAUGUCCCUUUUGUCUUUUCUGAUGCUUGUCUUGAAGCUUUUGACAGGUUGAAGGAAGCUUUAAUCACUGCUCCAGUCAUGCAACCCUCAGAUUAG